UUCUCGAGGGACUCGUAUAGCUUUUAAGUUAAAGAUCACUCAGAGUAAAGUGGCAUCCGCUUCAAAUAAUGGAUUGCACAUGCACCACUUUAGUUUUAUAUUCCACAAUUUGGUCACUCUUCUUCUUCUUUUCUACAGAUUCCUCCCCUGUGGAUUUGCUAAGAGUAAACCAAACAAUCAGAGAUGGAGACACUAUUGUUUCAGCAAACCAUGAAUUUGAACUGGGAUUCUUUAGCCCGGGAAGCAGUACUAAACGCUACUUGGGGAUGUGGUUCAAGAAAAAAUCACCUGGGACAACUGUAUGGGUGGCUAAUAGAGAUGCACCACUGAAUGACACUUCCGGGAUACUAAUGAUUGGUAACAGGGCAGUUUCAAUUUUUGAUAAUGCUACUAGUACCAUAAUUUGGUCGUCAAAUUUUUCGAUAUUUGUCAGAAAUCCAGUUGCUCAGCUGUUGGACACUGGAAAUCUUGUUGUCAGGGACAUCGAAGAAGAGGGUGACUCAGAACAUUUUGUCUGGCAGAGUUUUGAUUAUAUUGGAGAUACUAUUCUGCUUGGCAUGAAACUUGGAGUGGAUUUUGUGAGAGGUGUAGAAUGGGAACACGUAUCGUGGAGAAGUGCUGAUGAUCCGUCUCCAGGAAGCUUUGUGCAUCGCGUGGAUAUUCAUGGCUAUCCACAGCUCCUGUUGUGGAAGAAUUCAGAGGUACAUGCUAGGAGUGGACCAUGGGUUGGUAAGAGGUUUAGUGGUGAUCCAUUAGUAAAGACAAGCACAAUCUACAUAAAUGAAUUUUUCAUAGAGCAGAAGGAGAUCUACUAUAAAUCGCGUGUUCUCAAUCAAAGUUCCACUACAGUGGCUACUAGGUUGAUACUGACCCCAAAUGGUAAUCUGCAGCGUCUGGUAUGGAAUGAUCAUAAGCAAGAAUGGACUAAUUAUGUCAACGCGGUACUUGGUGACUGUGAUAAUUACGGAUUUUGUGGUCCUUUUAGUACUUGUGACAUCAGCGUGGCUCCAAGAUGUGCAUGCUUGAGAGGGUUUAGUCCAAACAGGUUAGAAAAAUGGGAGGCAGGUGACUGGACAGAUGGAUGUGUCCAUACGGCUCCAUUGGAUUGUGGACACGGAGAAGGUUUUACCAAGUAUUCAGGAGUGAAAUUGCCAGACACGCGAGAGUCAUGGUACAGUUUAAGCAUGAAUCUGGAGGAAUGCAGAAGUAAGUGCUUGAAGAAUUGCAGCUGCACAGCUUAUUCAAAUACAAAUGUCGAAGGAGGUGGCAGUGGAUGCUUGUUGUGGUUUGGGGGAUUGAUGGAUAUCACCGGCUUCACAGAAUACGGGCAAGAUAUCUAUGUGAGAGUGCCAGCUUCAUUGUCAGAUAAAAGCAAGAGAUCCAGAGUGACGCCCAUGUCAUUUAUAUUACCACCGGUAGUAUUAACAGUGAUAUCAAUCUUGAUCGCCCUGUAUCUGUUUAAGAAGAAGAGGCGGAAAUCAAAAGGCAAGUGGUUAGGAAAUACAGGAAGACUAAAUUUAAAUGAUGAGCAAGAUAUGGAGCUACCAUUAUUUGAGUUGAAGAGAGUUGCUAACGCCACUGGUAACUUUUUUCGCGAUAACAAGAUUGGAGAGGGAGGCUUUGGACCUGUCUACAAGGGAUCGUUAGAGAACGGGCAACUUAUAGCAGUGAAAAGGCUGUCAGAGAAUUCAAAACAAGGACUAGAUGAAUUCAAGAAUGAAGUUUCAUUGAUAGCAAAACUCCAGCAUAGAAAUCUUGUCUCUCUUCUUGGUUAUUGCACUGAGGAAGGAGAAAGAAUAUUGAUUUAUGAAUUCAUGCCGAACAAGAGUCUGGAUUCAUUUAUUUUUGAUAAAGAGAAAAGCAAGCUGGCAGAUUGGCGAAAACUCUAUGACAUUAUAAAUGGAGUUGCCAGGGGACUUUUGUAUCUUCAUCAAGACUCCAAGCUGAGAAUUAUUCACAGAGAUCUUAAAGCUAGCAACGUUUUACUUGACGAUGAGAUGAAUCCAAAAAUUUCAGACUUUGGCAUGGCAAGAAGCUUUGGAGGAAGCCAAACAGAAGCGAACACAACAAGAGUUGUCGGAACAUAUGGUUACAUGCCCCCAGAAUAUGUGAUUGACGGCAUAUUCUCAAUUAAAUCUGAUGUUUAUAGCUUCGGUGUCCUAGUACUAGAAAUAGUAACCGGGAAGAAAAACAGAUGUUUUGAACAUCCGGAUCACAAUCUUAACCUCCUGGGACAUGCAUGGAGAUGUUUUCAUGAACAGAAGCUCGAGGAACUGGUGGAUGGGGAAAUUGUGGAGUGCAGUGACCAUGAAGUGUUUCGAGUUAUCCAGAUUGGACUGCUUAGCGUCCAAGAGUAUCCAGAAGACAGACCAGACAUGUCAACUGUUGUUCUGAUGCUGAAUAGUAACACUGCAUUGCCCAAACCCCAGCAUCCUGGAUUUUUCACGCAGAGAAGACGACAUGCAAGCGAUACUUCACAAGGUGAAACCCAGUCAGCUUCAUCAAACAACUGCAGUAUUACGAUGGUUGCACCAAGAUAGUGUACUACAAUCAGCUUCAUUAUAUGACUGCAGCAUUAUGAUGGCUGCACCAAGAUGUGAGUAAAGUGUUGGACUGCUUUGUUACAGCAAUCUCUGCUUGCUCCUCUGUGAAAAAUGAGAUGAUAUAUGUAGUUGCAUCAGUUUCAGAAUUCUAUUGCAAAUUGUUCCUGUUGUACUGCUUGUUUGAUUUAAGGACAAUUACAGAAGGAGAAUGGUUUUAUUCGUUAUAAAUCACAACCUAGACUGGUAAACAAA